UCUUUUUAUUUUGGUGCUGUAGUAAAUCAUGAUUUUUUUUUUCGUUGUAUCUGCAAACUCGCUCCUUUCAGUGCGCGUUUAUCCUCAGUCCAUGUGGCGCUUAGGCAGGGAGGAUGCUGCUGUUGGGAGAGACAACCAGUUGCGCUCAGCCUGAGAGUGGAGCCUCAUCCGCCUCCAAGCACCGAAAGAUCAGCUUCCUCGACCUGUUGCCUCGUUUCGACUAGAAGUGCAGCUGCUUUUUUUUUUUUUUUUUUUUUUUUUGCAAAGGCUGGAGAGGAAGACGUGUUUUUUUUUCUCUUAAGGAGGGAAGCUGCAGACUGAGCCGUGAGACGGAUCAAUGUGUUCGUUUUUAAUUUAUGUUGUGAAUAGUAGAAGGAAGAGGAGCGGAGUUUUUAAAUCAGGGAGCCACCUCCUCGGCCCGGAGGCGCGGUCUGCGGUGGUAUUUCUUCCCAGCUCCGUUUUUUUGAAGUGAACCAUGGUCGAACUGGAAAAGGAAGUGCUCCCAUUGCCACCCCGGUACCGGUUCCGAGACCUGUUGCUCGGGGACUGGCAGACCGAUGACAGGGUGCAGGUGGAGUUCUAUGUGAACGAGAACACUUUCAAGGAGCGCCUUAAGCUCUUCUUCAUCAAAAACCAAAGAUCCAGUCUGCGAGUGCGAAUGUUUAAUUUUUCUCUAAAAGUGCUGAGCUGCCUCCUCUACAUUGUCAGAGUCCUGCUAGACAACCCACAAGAGGACAGACAGGACUGCGGCAGCGGAGUUAACUGCACCAAACAUAACACAUCAUCCCGUCCCUGGAGUGAGUUUGACUGGAAACUCAUCAUCUGGGUUGACAGACCUCUACCUCUGUGGGCACUACAGGUGCUUGUGGCUUUCAUCAGCUUUUCAGAAACUAUGUUGCUCGUGUAUCUCAGCUACAAGGGUAACGUUUGGGAACAAGUCCUACGUGUCCCAUUCAUUUUGGAGAUGAUCAGCACUGUUCCCUUCAUGAUCACUGUGAUUUUGCCCUCCUUGAGAAAUAUUUUCAUCCCUGUAUUUCUCAAUUGCUGGCUGGCCAAACAUGCUUUGGAGAACAUGAUUAAUGAUCUCCACAGGGCAAUCCAGCGGACACACUCAGCCAUGUUCAACCAGGUUGUGAUACUUAUCAGCACACUUGUCUGUCUCAUGUUCACAUGCAUCUGCGGCAUCCAGCACCUGGAGCGAGCUGGAAACAACUUGACCCUGUUCGACUCGCUCUACUUCUGCGUGGUAACUUUCUCCACCGUGGGUUUUGGAGAUGUCACGCCACAGAUAUGGCCUUCACAGCUUUUGGUGGUCAUCAUGAUCUUUGUGGCACUCAUCGUGCUUCCCAUCCAGUUUGAGCAGCUGGCCUUUCUGUGGAUGGAGCGGCAGAAAUCCGGAGGCAACUACAGCCGCUACAGGGCGCAGACAGAGAAACAUGUGGUGCUGUGUGUUAGCUGCCUCAAGAUCGACCUCCUCAUGGACUUCCUCAACGAGUUCUUUGCUCACCCUCGGCUGCAGGACUACUAUGUGGUAAUCCUUUGCCCUGCUGAGAUGGAUGUCCAGGUUAGGAGGGUCCUUCAUGUUCCACUUUGGGCUCUGAGAGUCAUCUACCUGCAGGGUUCUGCCCUCAAAGACCAAGACCUUAUGAGGGCCAAGAUGGACGAUGCUGAGGCCUGCUUUAUCCUCAGUAACCGGUUUGAAGUGGACCGCAUUGCUGCAGACCAUCAAACCAUCCUUCGAGCCUGGGCAGUCAAAGACUUCGCUCCAAACUGCCCUCUGUACGUCCAGAUUCUCAAGCCGGAGAACAAGUUCCAUGUCAAGUUUGCAGAUCAUGUGGUGUGCGAAGAAGAAUUUAAGUACGCCAUGCUGGCUUUAAACUGUGUGUGCCCUGGCACCUCAACUCUUAUUACUCUAUUGAUUCACUCCUCCAGAGGACAAACGACACCCCAAGAGGCCUUCAAGCAACGUGCAGGAGCAUUUCAAGCCCUUAACAGGGAUGGUGGCGCAGGUUCAUCAGACCAGUGGCACCGAACAUACAGGCGCUGCUCAGCCAAUGAGGUGCAUCACAUUCGCCUGGAAGAAAGUAAAUUCUUUGGAGAAUACCAAGGAAAGAGUUUCACUUUUGCCUCCUUUCAUGCACACAAAAAGUUUGGGGUCUGUUUGAUCGGAGUACGCAGACUGGACACCACAAACAUCCUAUUAAACCCCGGGCCCUGCCACAUCAUGGGGGCUUCUGACACAUGUUUUUACAUCAACAUCUCUAAAGAGGAGAAUUCAGCAUUUGUCAGAGGUCAGAGGGAACCGUCCUGGGGAGGCACAGGUGGAAAUUCAAGAGGAGUCCACCAAAGUAUCUACCAUGGACUCACCCGCCUGCCUGUGCACAGUAUCAUUGCCAGCAUGGGCACAGUGGCCAUUGACCUGCAGGACUCCAGCGACAGCAGCCCCGAGGGCCAGGAUCCAGGCAGCACAGGCAUCGGCAGUGGGAGAGGGAGCAGAAGUAGCUCCAGGGCAGAGAUGGGUGCUGCAAACACCUUGGCUCUGCCUGCCAUGGGAGAUUCAGCGGAUGAAAGACGACACAGCAUCGCACCGGUCCUCGAGCUAGUGGACGGAGUCAACAACCCAACCUUUGACCUGCUGGGGGAGCAGUCUGAGGACGAAGGAGGAGAGGAAGGCAAGGAUGACGGUGACAAAGAUGAAAGCGGAAACUGGUGGGGUCGACACUGCGAGUGGGUGAAGGGAUACCCGCUGAACUCUCCAUAUAUUGGCAGCUCACCUGCACUAUGCCAUCUUCUUCAAGAAAAGAUGCCUUUCUGCUGCCUGCGCAUGGACAAGCCUUGUCCCCACAUCCCUUUUGAAGAUGCGCGCUCCUAUGGCUUCAAAAACAAAUUAAUCAUUGUGUCUGCGGAGAGCGCAGGAAAUGGUCUGUACAACUUCAUUGUGCCUCUACGGGCUUACUACCGAACAAGGAAGGAGCUCAAACCCAUCGUGCUGCUGCUGGAGAGCAUACCUGAAGCAGACUUUCUGGAAGCCAUCUGCUGGUUCCCAAUGGUCUUCUACACAGUGGGCUCCAUAGAAAAUCUGGACAGCCUGUUGCGAUGCGGAAUCACUUUUGCCGACACUAUGGUGGUGUUCGACAAAGAGAGCUCCAUGAUUGCAGAGGAGGACUACAUGGCUGAUGCAAAAACAAUCGUUAAUGUCCAGACACUAUUCAGACUGUUUCCGGCUCUUAGCAUCAUCACAGAGCUCACACAUCCUGCAAACAUGCGCUUCAUGCAGUUCAAAGUCAAGGACCACUAUUCCCUGGCUCUGUCCAAAUUGGAGAAGAAAGAAAGAGAGAAAGGCUCCAACCUGGUCUUUAUGUUUCGCCUGCCAUUUGCUGCCGGAAAGGUGUUCAGUGUUAGCAUGCUGGACACUCUCCUCUACCAGUCAUUUGUGAAGGACUACAUGAUCUCCAUCACUAGGCUGCUGCUCGGUUUAGACUCUAUGCCUGGCUCAGGUUUCCUCUGUGCCAUGAAAAUCACAGAGGACGAUCUGUGGAUUCGAACCUACGGGAGGCUCUAUCAGAAACUAUGUUCCUCCACUGGAGACAUUCCUAUAGGCAUCUACCGUACAGAGGCCCACAAGCUUCCAGUGUCUGAGUCCCAGGUAUCCAUCACAGUCGAAGACUAUGAGGACACCAGAGAACCCAGAGAACCCCUCUUGUCCCGCACUGGUGCUCACCGUAACUCCACCUCCUCAGAGCCCAUCUCCACCUCCUCCCACUCCUCUGACCACCCACUGCUCCGGAGGAAGAGCAUGCAGUGGGCGAGGCGGCUGAGCAGGAAGGGAGGUCGGGGAUUGAGUGGAGCCAAAGGUGGUCCAGGCAGUGCGGCAGAGAGGAUCAGCCAGCAGAGACUGAAUCUGUUCAGGCGCUCAGAAAGACAGGAGCUCAAUUCACUGGUGCGAACGAGGAUGAAACAUUUGGGCCUUUCUCCAACUGGGUUUAAUGGGAUGACAGACCAAGGCAACAGGCUGUCGUACAUUCUCAUCAACCCCUCUCCAGACACCAGGCUCGACCUGCAUGACGUUGUGUACCUGAUAAGACCAGACCCCCUCUCUCUAGUGCCCAAUCAAGGAAGCAGCAGGAAGUGCAGCGCUGGACUAUCAGAGAGCCGCAGGUUUGAUACACAGGAUAGCACACACCUGUGAAGGAGAUAAAAAGGACAAAACUCAGAACACUGCCAAGAGGACAGGACCAACAUCAAUACAUUCAUGAAGGAGAAAUCCACAGAAGAAAGAGAUGGUGCAGAGCCCCUGUAUUUUAAGGAUCCAAAGUUUUUGUGCCAGGCAUGCAAGGACCUUUUAUGUACUGAUAGGAAAGUUUUAUUUAUGCACCUUCCUAUUUUCAGCUGAGAACUGCGGACACAUAAGUGCAUUUAAUGUAAAACUAUAUGUAUUUAUAACUGUUAAUGCGCAUGUUAAGUAAUACAUCAUGUACUGUAUCUGCAGUGUGUAUAUACAGGGCCAAAGGUUUUCACACCCCUUGAAUUUUUUACUUACCCUGCCACAUUACAACCAUAAACAUCAAAGCAUCGUAUUGAGGAAGUGUUUUUUUUUGGAAGUAAUGCUCGGUUCACUUCCAGCCUUCAAAAGUCACCAAAUGACAGCAUUCACCUGUGUGUAGUUUAGUCUCAGUAUAAAUACAGCCUUUUGGUGAAAGCUUCAGAUGUUCAUUGGAGGAUGUCAAGGAACAAACAGCAACAAGAGGACCAAGGAACAUAGCAGAAAGGUCAGAGAUGUUGUGUGAAAGUUGUGUGAAACCUGGAAAUGAGGUUAGAUUAUAAAACAGUUUUCCAAGUUUUGAACAUCUCAUGGAGCACUGUUUAAUCUAUCAUCUGAAAGUGGAAAGAAUGUGGCUUAAACGCAGAGAAGAAGUCCGACAGCACAUGGCAGCUAUGGAGGAGCUACAGAGAUCCAUAGCUCAGGUAAGAGGAUCAACAUCUAUUAAUCCUGCUAACACAAAUUUGGCCUUUAUAGACUAGUGGCAAGAAGAACAUGAUUACUGAAAGAAAGCCGGUCUCAUUUGCACUUCACUACAAGCCAUGUAGGGGAUCCAGCAAACAUGUGAAAGAAGGUGUUCUAGUGAAAUAGGACCACAGACUGAACAUAAUGGCCUAAAAUGUGCAAACGCAACAUGUGGUGAAAAACUAGCAAUGCAGAUCACCCUGAACCCUCACUAUUCCUACCUGAAACAUGGUGGUGGAAGCAUCAUGCUAUGGGGAUGCUUUUCUUCAGCAAGAACGUGGAACCAGGUCAGAGUUGGCGGAGAGAUGGAUGGAGCUAAGUAGAAGGAAGUCGUUGAAGGGAAUAUUUUAGAGGCUGAAGUUUUGUUUGCAAAAAAUCUUCCACCCCCUUAAUCUUUUCCCUUUAUUAUCCACUACUUUGUGCUGAUCUGCCGGAUAAAAUCCCAAUAAAAUAAGAAAGUUUUUGGUGGUAAUCUGAGAAAGUGUGGAGAUUUUCAUGGGAUGUGAAUUCCUUUGCUAGGCACUGUAAGUAGUGUGGCAUGCAAAAUUUUGGGAACAGACUUAAAAUUUUUGUUUCUGUGAAUAAUUUCAUGAUGAGUUUUGAUAUCGGGUCUAUAAGGACUAAGAGCAGAUGAUGGAAAUUUGACAUCUUUCUCAAAACUCCAGAAUCUUUUCCUUUUGGCUUUAAAAGAAAGGUCAAUAAUUUCCAAAAAGAAGAAAUAUAUCAUUAUCUUAUUAGGAUAACACCAUCUGUGGUAAUCGGGUUGUUUUUUCUAUACUAUUCUCAACUCUUCACAGUGACAAAUUUCUACUUGAAGUGACCAGAAUUUUGCGUAUCAUAUGUAUUUUAUGUAUGCUUAAGCGUGUGAAUGAAUAUGUACAUGUAGUCAUAGAGCCUGAGAGAGACACUGCUGAUUUUAUGUGGACUGCCAAAGGAAUCUGUUGCCAAAUGAACAUCAAGGAGAUGUUUGUUGUGUCCUUUUUUGUGCUGUAGCUGUUUUGUCUUCCUUAGUGUCUUUUAGCAUUUCCGAAAGUGACAUCAAAGUCCAAAAGCCCUCUGAUUAUUUUCUUUUCUCGUAAAUGCUAUUUGAGACUCUUUUAAACACGCAAUCAUUUAACGCUCACCAGCAGCGAGUGAAUCCAAAGACCACCAGUCUCAGUUAUGGACAAGAUUAGGCAACGUGCUUCACUGUAGGACAGUUGUGUUAAAGUUCAGAAUGUGUCUUUGCUUAUACAAACUAUCUGUCAGCAAGUCUGAGCUUCUCGCUGACCUGUCACCAGCUUGUUUUUGUUGAUGUGCAAUGAACGGACUGAAGAACAUGGACAUACUUACACUGUAAUAUAAAAGCAUUUAUGCCAACAUCUCUGCAGUAUAUACCCCCCUUUGUAAAGCUUUUGAUGUAUGUUAGAGAUCAUUUCAAAGGGGCAUUCAUGCAGCUUUCAGUUUAGAAUUCUACAUUUUGCAAAUAAAGUUUUGAUGUAUUUAUUGCUAAGGAUUUCCACUUAUAUAUUAAAUUUUAGUUUUUUAAUUUAGAUUUUUUUUUAAAUGUUAGAGCUGGUUUUCAGUCAGAAAGCCUUGUAUUUCUCUGAAAAACAAAGAAAAUUAACUAUUGACAAGCCUCUCAGAUCGAAUGAAUGCACAACUCAAUCUGUUUUGUCAAAGUAAAUAACUUGUGAAGCUUUUUUGUUAUUAAGGAUGUUUGUGUUUGUGAAAUGAUACAGCAGUUUAGCAGGAAUGCACACUGUCAACACAGCAACUGUAGAUUCAAUGCAAUCAUGAGAGAAAAAGUAUGUAGAUAUUAAACACACUUCAUACUCGUGUGAAUAAACUAAUCUUUAACCUUUA